CAAUCACCACAACUUACCACAACCCUCCGGCAACCACCCAAACAAUCCACUAUUUACCACCACCCAAACAACUCCGAUUCAUAUAUCCUCCUUUCUUUUCUAUCUGUAGGAACUCGUUCCGAAGGCGGCAGUCAUGUCCAACGACGAGAUCCUUCCCCAAGAGAUCCUCACCGACAUACUCUCUCGACUACCCGUCAAAUCCCUUUUCCGAUUCAAGUCUGUUUCUCCCUCCUGGAAUUCCCUAAUCUCCGGCUCCGAAUUUGUCAAAACCCACCUCAAUCGAACCAAGAAGACCAACUAUGCCGAGCAGAAAAUAAUUAUCAUCACUUCCAGUUCCACCUCUUACAACCUCCACUCUAUCGAUUUCGCUUGCGUAAAUCCGACGAUCGUGACUGUUGAUUUACCUGAUAGUAGUUCCGAAAUCAAGGUCUUGAGCUCCUGCGAGGGUCUGCUUCUAGUCAACCGAUACGACGAUUCCAACUUCUUGUUGAAUCCAUCCACUAGAGAAUGUAGAGAGCUGCCCCCAUUUCCUUUUGCACUCCCUCGGGCUAACGUUUAUGGGGUUGGUUACGAUUCUCUUACGGAUGAUUACAAGGUCGUGAUAUUCUCUUACUUUGGUACUCCAUACUCAGCUGAGCAUGAUACUAUCAUUGUGGCUGUCUAUUCACUCAAAACUAAUGCUUGGAGGAGAAUUCAAGGUUCCCAUAAUUAUGUCCUUCAGGGAACCUCUUGUGGGGUUUUCGUUAACGGGCGUCUCCAUUUCCUUUGUCGGAGGAAUGAAUCCUAUGUGAUUGUCGCCUUUGAUUUGUCGGAAGAGAGUUUCAAGGAGUUGCAGCUGCCUGCUUUGUUUGGUACAGACGGUAGUUUAUAUUACUAUCGCGCAGCAGUCCUUGGGGGUUGUCUCUGUUUGGUUGAUCAAAGGUAUCGUAAAACCGAGUUUUGGAUGAUGAAGGAGUACGAAGUGAGAGAGUCUUGGUUGAAAUUUACAAUUGGUAUGCCCGAGUUGUAUACGGUGGAUUUGUUGUGUAUGUUAGCGGAAGACGAAUUUUUGUUGAAAAACUGGUUUCGUAUACAAAAACUGGUUGUGUACAGUUCGAAAAAAGAAACACUGAGGGACAUGGUUGUUCGUGGGUUUCCAGCUAAAUUUAGAUUCGGAAGCACCUAUGUCGAGAGCCUCGUCUCUCCUAAUCAUGGAGGAGGGAUUGGGAGGCAAUGAAUGAGAAGCUUGUUCAGUUAUUAUUUUAUUUUAUUUUUUUUGUGAAAUAUGAGUGACCCUAUGCCCUUUUUUCUUGAAAAUAUUCUUCUUCUUCUCGUUUGUUUGUGCGACAGAAGGUUUAUGGUCGGAAGUAAUU